UGGUGGGCACGUCCAGUAAUGACUGGGGGAUCCCAGCAAGUAAUAUGACUAAAAAGAAGCGGGAGAAUCGGGGCGUCGCCCGUGAGAUCGAUGGGUUGGAGAAGAAGCUGUCACAGUGUCGCAGAGACCUGGAGAUUGUGAACUGCAGGCUCUAUGAAGAGCUGCUGAGCCUAGAAGUCAGGAGGUCUCUGGAGAGGGAGAAAAACAGCCUGAUGAGCAAAGUCUCCAACUAUGAGAAGGAGCUAAAGUUACUUCGGCAGGAGAACAGGAAGAACAUGCUGCUCUCUGUGGCCAUCUUCAUCCUCCUGACCCUCAUCUACGCCUACUGGGUGGUGUGAGCCGAGAUCACUCCACAGCCACGCGGGCGUCCCCCCUCCCUAGUCAGGGUCCAGCAGGCCCUUCAAGCCUCAGGACCAAGGUGCGGGAGCAUUUCUCCUCGAUGCGGACUCCUGAGCACAGCUUCCUGUCAACACAGCCCCACUUGCCUCCCUGUCCUGCUAUGGGGCCUGGUCACCAGGACUUUGUGCUGGCUCCUCCCUCAGCCUAAAGGAAAGGCAAUAAAGAACACCCGGGCUGCUCCUGUCUGCUGUGUAAAUGUCACGGUCUGACUGUAGCUG